AACAUGACGUUUGAAAAUUCAGAAUUUAUGAAGUAAUUUAAAUAUUACAGCCACCUCAUAUCUAGGCAAUAUGUGCUUCGGUCCAUUUACUAGGAUAUGCCACUGGGGUCCUUUGACUGCCUUAGGUAUUAUAAAAUUUGUCACUGGGAUGACUAUGCAUUGUAAUAGUAUGUUGUGGCCUGCACAUAGCGCCGGCAGCUUUUUGAACUCUGCUUUAUUUGUCACCCUAUCCGGGCUAACGUUGUACAAUUUUUUAUCGUCUAUGUAUCACGGACCCGGAUACUUACCCUUGGGAUGGAAACCUAACAAAGAGCAAGAUUGUGAAUAUUUGCAAAGUUGUGGGGUUUGUCAUGGAUACAAAGCACCCAGAUCCCAUCACUGUCGAAAAUGUGGUCGAUGUGUCAUGAAAAUGGAUCACCACUGUCCCUGGAUCAACAAUUGUGUGGGUUGGGGGAAUCACGCACAUUUUACACUUUUUCUUCUAUUUGCAACACUAGGCUGCCUUCAGGCAUCGGUAAUAUUAGGUCGCACACUCUACAGAUCCAUUCACAGGAUGCACUAUUUAUACUACGGAACAGAAAAUGAACCUAUUAUUCAGUUUGGUUUGUAUGGUAUGAUAAUGUGCGUUCUCGCCUUGGGACUCUCUAUUGGAGUUGUAGUGGCUGUGGGAAUGCUUUUCUAUUUCCAGUUGCGGGCUAUAAUCAGAAAUCGCACAGGUAUAGAAGACUGGAUUUUAGAAAAAGCCAACUUCAGAAGGAGGAAUUCUGACGAGAAGUUUGUGUUCCCUUACGAUCUGGGACCAUGGAAAAACUUCUUUCAAGUUUUCAACUUCAGUUGUCAUCCUAUUGGAGACGGAGUCAGCUGGCCAGUCGUAAAGAAUUGCGACCAAUACACUAUUACGAGGGAACAGCUGCAGCAGAAAAAUGAGAAAAGACUGAAAGCUAAGAUUUAUAGUAUUGUAAAACCAGCGUCGGGAUAUUGGUUCCCUUUUAAGCACGGCUUUAAAGUUUGUAUAAACUUUCCGUUUACUGAUGAGCCGAGAAUAAAACUCGAAGUUGGAGAUAAAGUUAUGGUGACCAGGUGGAGGAAAUAUUGGUUGUUUGGUGAAAAAAUUCAGCGUGACCUCCCCGUGGGGGAAGAGUCCCUUCUCCGCACUAGGGGAUGGUUCCCUCGUAGAUGUGCAGUGGAAUUGAUCGAAAACAACGAGGACGAAGCCGGAAUUGCUUCAACCUCUCGGCACAGAAUAUCGGAAAAGAAAGUAGAGUGAGUUUUUUUAAUUACAAGAUUUUGUUACUUUUGUAUACACUUUUUUCAGUGAUUUUGUUUGUAAAGUCAAGAAUAUUUUUCUUCUAGUCAUGUAAGAAGUGAUGUAUACAUAAAAAUGUUUUUUUAUAUUAAAAUUUCAAUAAAUUAAAGAUAAAAUGUCUAGGAUAAGAUUUUUUUA